GCGAGGAGGAAACUAGGGCACUGUUAUCUGGCCCCUUUCUGCCAACCACCAGGCACCAGGCGGAGAAAGAGAAAGAAAGAGCUGAGGACAGGAGAGACGAGAGGACAUCAGGCGGAGUGAAGCUGGAGACAAGACGGGGGAACCUCUGGAGUCAACGCCCGACCUCAAGGAGCUGCACACAAACACAUCACACACACACACACACACACACACAACACACACACACACACACACAGAUCCACAACUUUGGUGCAGCAACAUGUUCGAGGAGCAGGCGACCAGGGUGAAGAUCACGUCCGUGGUGAUCGUCGUGGGCAUGUCGGCGAUGCUGGCGGCGGUGGUGACCGACCACUGGGCCGUGCUCAGCCCUCGGGUGGAGAGGCUCAACGCCACAUGCGAGGCGGCCCACUUUGGCCUCUGGAGACUCUGCAAAAAGAUCAUCUUCAUCGUGGAGGAGGACCCUCAGGGCAAAGGCUGCGGCCCCAUCAGCUUACCCGGAGUAAAAAACUGCUCCUACUUCAAACACUUCACCUCAGGGGAAGAAGCGGAAGUUUUUGAAGUCAAGACCCAGAAAGAGUAUAAUAUCUCCGCAGCAGCCAUCGCCAUCUUCUCCCUGUUCUUCAUGACGCUGGGCACGCUCUGUGUCAUCUUCUCCUUCGGGAAGGGGCGGGACUACCUGCUCCGGCCUGCUGGGAUGUUCUUCGCCUUUGCAGGCCUUUGCAUCAUCAUUUCUGUCGAGGUAAUGCGCCAGUCUGUCAAACGCAUGAUUGACAGCGACGAGACCAUCUGGAUUGAAUACUACUACUCCUGGUCCUUCACCUGCGCCUGCGCCUCCUUCACCCUCCUCAUCCUCAGCGGAGGCGCCCUGCUCCUCAUCUCCAUGCCCCACAUGCCGCGGAACCCCUGGGAGAGCUGCAUGGACGCAGAGCCCGACACCUUAGAUUAGACACCGCUGAUGCGACAGGAACAAAUCACAGAAAAUACAAGUUUUGUACCCUUUAGCCCUUUAAUGACUUAUACCGUCCUAAAUAGUUUGCAUCCGUGCAAAGUGUUUUUUUUAAGCUUGAUUUCCAACCUGUCCGUUGAUUUUAGUUCAAGUUAUUCAAAUAUUAAAAUGAACAUGAAGACACUUGUGAUAGACACACAGAUGCAGCUAAAAAAAAGUAAAUAUUGUCUUUACAUGAUAAAGCUUACGUCCUUGUUGGUGUGUUUAAGAGCUGAGGGGUACUUUGGGUAAACUACAACCUAUAUCGUUUUUUUUAUUAACUUAAUAUUUGCUCUUACCCUUUUUUUCAAACCUACAGGAGAGCUCAGUCCCUGCUGUAACUUUAAGAAACAUCCCUUUGUAUUUGUUUGUGAUCCUCGAUGUUACAUAGGUUAAGAUUUCCACUCCUGGUGAUCGUUCUGCUUUUACGGCUGAUUUGCGGAUAGACUCCCCUGAAGAUUGUGUUUUGACUUUUACUUUUUGAUUGCAAAUUGACAAUCAGUAUUUUAAACUGCUAAAGAGUGAGAACUAAACAGUGCUGAGAUUUAUAAAUAUUAAUUAGAUUGGAUUAGAUUAGUUUGCUGAAGCACUCACUACUAAAUCGUGCAAAAAACAAGUUAUUUUAUACGGAUACAGCGAUCUCCAGCAGCUGUGUCUCUAUAUGAAGGAUGUUGGAGUAACAAAAAACGUGCAUUUCAUUUUCUACUUGUUUCCACUGUGACAGACAGCUGGAUACAUUUUCAUUCAGGUCAAAUAUUCACUUCAACCCGUGGAUAUCUGGAGGUCCAGAGAGGGUCAUUUUUUAUAGGUAUUCAUGGUAACAAUGAAAAUGUAACAGUGCAAGCUAUUAGUGGUAAAUCAUAAAACCUUCAUCGCUCGUUGAUGACAACACCUAGAUGACGUUAGUAUUUGACAAAGGCCCCGUGUCCACCUAGUGUUUUCUCCAGGCAGGAAGCACUGCACGUCUGUCCCGUAUCUAUGACAACAGUCUGUUGACAACGGCCGCUGUAUGACCGACACUUUCAUUUGAGAUCGUUUAUUUCUCGAUCAGACAUUGAGAGAGGAGGAUGAGGCUACAAGACACGAUCGGUUGGGAGGCAAAACUAUGGGGAUUAACAUACUUUUUAGAAAAGGGAUGUCAACAGAGCCUUUCUGAAAAGUUUAAAGAUUUUCAACUUAAGCGCUCAGAGCGGCCGGAACGCCUGGAAAAAAAGACGCCGGGCGCUGCGCUUUUUCUCCAGGCAAUCUCUUUCUGCUGAGAACACUCUCUCCUCAUUGUAAACAAUUGAAAAAAGACGCUAGCGCUCAGUGGACUUGGGGCCUUGGUAAAAAUAACACCAUACUGUUGAACACAGGGAGACAUUUAAUGUAAAACUGUUCAUGAUGGUUAGCAGCUAACACGACAGCUACACGGCUUCAUCAUCUCUAAAUGUGAGGGCGGUCAAAUGAUUUUAAGUUAACGAUGAGACUUCAGUAUUACAACAAACACGGUUCAAUAAAUGAGCGUCGAUAAAUACGACAAAAGGUCAACAAAAGAAUGAUGACACAGGACAACAAAAAGGAACAGGAUUACAUAAUCAUCUGUAAUAAUAGGCUUCAAUCAAUGCAGUCAUUUGCUUUUUCUCUGAGGAUUU